AUGAAGCAGGACGAGAACAAUCUCGUUACCAUGCUGAUCAGAGAGAUCAAGGAGACCAUGAAUAAGUUCAACAUCCGAACGGUUCUGCGAGAUAGCAUGAAGCCUCUGGAUAGCUUUACCCUCUUUCAAAACCCUGUGGUCGUCGAUUACCCAGACCUGAAGCAGCAGUAUGAAGCCGUUAUAGAGUUUCCUUGUAGCCUUUCCGAGAUAAAGCAACGCCUUUCUAACCGCAGUGGGAACACGUACACACACAUUGGCGACGUGUUUUGUGAUUUGUGUCUUACAAUAAGCAACGCAAUGACGUUCAAUAAGUCGAACACUGUGAUCCUAGAACAAGUCCGUAUUUAUUCGCAAGCUGUAUUGGGCGUUAUAAACGACAUCAUAACAAAGUACAACCAAAGUGUUACCCCCUCUUCUGCAGUCGCUUUAUUCGACACGCCGGAUGACAUGAUAAACGCCAUUUUCAAGUACUUCACCCCAGGAAAGCUCCCCAAGUGUCUCAAUCGAAAGAAAAGUCUCCGGUCGCCCUAUUAUGAUGAAGUGCAAGAACUGGUACAGCGUCUAGAGCAACUUCCUCCCAAGGCCAUGGCUGGGUGCAUAAGCGCACUUAUGCUAGAACUAGAAACGGCGUGUGACGAGUCCGGACGUCUCGUCAUCGACUUUUCCCAGCUGAAGCCAGCUUCGUACUGGUGGUUCGAUGGCCUGGUGCAGGAGACCUAUGUCAUGGAACAUAAGGCAGGUCGGAUUGCUCAGCCACUAGAGCCAGUCUCGUGA